CUCCCACCCAACGCUUAUAUUAUAAAUUUAAUAAUAAUCCCCAUCUCCCCACUUCGAAGUCUUCCUUCCACAGCAACGCAUCUCUCUUCCUCAGUCUCUCCCUCUCCCUUUCACUUUCACAAACACCCAAACAUUAGCCGUCGGCGCUGCCGGAGAUUUCUCUUUAAACCCUUCCAAGAAUCGACACCCUUCCCUUCUACGUCUUCUGAGUGAUGGGGGUGAGCUGUUCUCGCUGUUCCCACACUUCCCACAUCACUGAGAUCAUCAUCACCAGUUUCUUCCGUCACAAGCUCUAGAUCCUGGUUGAUUCAGAAGCCUUCGUUCGUCGAAAUUCGGAAGCUAUGGGAGCUUGAGAAUUAGUCUGGAGAGUUGUAAGUAUGGCAAGUGGGAGGGUCAAUCUCGCAGUGAUGCUUCAGAACCAAAGGGUCCCUUGUUCUUCUCAGCCUCUUGAUGCUCUCUUCCUUUCUGCCUCUUCUCCUUCUUUUCUUGGUUCGAGAUCCAUGGUGAGCUUUGAAGAUGUUCGUGCGGGAAAGAGACCCGAUAAUCCCUUCUUCUGCCAGUUUGAUCAUGAUGAAAAUGGAGACGAGGACUUGGAUGAGUAUUUCCACCAACCCGAAAAGAAAAGGCGACUUACAGCCGACCAAGUCCAGUUUCUCGAGAGGAAUUUUGAGGUGGAGAACAAGCUUGAACCAGAAAGGAAAGUCCAGCUUGCAAAGGACCUUGGCUUACAGCCUCGGCAAGUUGCCAUAUGGUUUCAGAACCGCAGAGCGCGGUGGAAGACCAAACAGCUAGAGAAGGACUUUGGCGCCUUGCAAGCUAGCUAUAACAGCCUUAAGGCUGAGUAUGAAAACCUCCUAAAGGAGAAGGAUGAACUAAAAACUGAGGUUAUUCUCCUCACAGACAAACUGCUCGUCAAAGAGAAGGAGAGGGGAAACUUGGAGGUGUCUAAUACUGACACCCUAUCCCAAGCACUGCCUCAGGUGGUGGUUGCUGAUUCGGUUUCUGAGGGUGAAGUAUCCAAAGUCUCAUUAGUGGUCUGCAAACAGGAAGAUCUUAGUUCAACAAAAAGCGAUGUAUUUGAUUCAGACAGUCCACAUUAUGCCGAUGGGGGCCAUUCCGCUCUUCCAGAGCCUGGCGAUUCUUCUUAUGUUUUUGAAGCUGACCAAUCAGACGUGUCACAGGAUGAAGAAGAUAACUUCAGCAAAAGCCUGUUGCCUCCAUCAUACAUCUUUCCAAAGCUUGAAGAUGUUGAUUACCCCGACCCUCCCACAAAUCCUUGUAGUUUUGGAUUCCCGGUUGAAGAUCAUGCCUUUUGGUCCUGGUCCUAUUGAAAAGUACAUAUUUUUCCUGCCUCCUCCUUUUUGUUCCAAGCAUGCUACAAUGGUAAGCAUAAAUAAGUAAGAAAUCAAACUUUGGCACCCCCAUCCAGAUGUGGUGGUGGGUUUCCAUCUUAGUUUAUCUCUGGUUCUUGCCCCCCUUGUAAUUUCCUUUUCACUGGGGCUCUUUGGAGGUCAGUGAAGCUUUUUGUUUGGAAUGUGAAUAAAUAAGUUCUUUCCAUGGGGAAAGCUUGUCGAGAAUACUAUUCAUUCCUUUUGUCUGAA